AAUAAUAAAAUAAUCAAUGUACUGCGGAAAAACAAUUGAUAAAUUGAAAAAUAGAAACAAUUGUGUUUAAUAUUAUUGAACGUUGACGUUAAUUACUUGAAACCAUAUGGCUAAUUAAGUAAUGAAUAAUUGUGUGUGCAAAACAGAUAAGCAUUUUACCAAGCAAACGAGAACAUUUCUAUUCUAAACAAUAACUUAUUGUUACAUGCCAAAUAAACAACAACAACAAAAGCUUCGCAAUCAUCAAAUAUGCGUAACGUAAACCGUAAACCUAGGUCAAUAUUGUUUAUAGUGGCGUGUAUGUGAGCAACAACAAACGUCUAAUAAAACAAUAACAAUAGUGCCCGUGUAGACGCGCAGCUACUAAUACGAAUCGAGAAAGAGAUAAUAAGCACGCACAUACAUACAUAGAGACAACACAACGUCAAAGAAAAAGCGCACACGGAAAUUCGCAAAAGCAACAACUGAAGGAACGAUAACACACACCACACCAAAGGCAAAAAUUAAACUUGAAAAUUAAUUUUAUAAUCAGGCAAAACCUUAGGCAACAACAACAGCUGCUGCCCCUUCCGAAAAAACGAGCCGAAGCGAGCCGAGGAGGCAAGAAAUUAAAUAAGCUCUCACACACAGUGCGCGUCACACCCGCAUACACACACACAGAGGCACCCACGGACACGAGGCAGUCGCAAUUAUAAAGCUCACUUGUUCGGUUGCUCUCGCCUCCCGACGUCGUCGUCGUUCUGAAUUAACAACAACAAGAAGAACAGUUUUGGCAGCCCUCUCUCAGUUUUCAAACGUUAGAUGAUCAUCUUGCUUGUUCGACUCUUUUUUUUAUCGCAUCGUCGCAGUAUCGUUCUAACGCUCAAUCCCUCGCCUGGUUGCGGUUGGCGCUAAGAAUUAUUUUGUAAUUGGUCAACAUUGGGUGCAGACCUUACGUGCGGCUCGGCAAACAAUACUGAAACAGAUACAAACAUAUAUAUAACAACAUAUAUAUAAAUACAUACAUAUAUGUAUGUAUGUGCACAAUCUACCGAUUACGGAACGGCAGUUUGCGAGCAGUUGAGUGCGCAACAGUGAAAAAGUUCUAACCACUUGCCGCUGAUCGAUUCCCGUGUCUGGACGUUCAGUCAGUGCAACAAGUUAUAUAUUGAAAUAAAUAUUCUAAUAAUUAAUACCAAGAAUAAAAGGAACACUUUUUUUGUAAGGUGAACACAAAUUUACCCGUUUACGCAUUUUUUGGAUUAUCUAAAUACAAGUAACAAAAAACAUUGUGGAUUUCGUCCUGUUUUUAUGAUUCAUCAACAACCAAUAUGGUUUACUAUCAUCCCGCAAAUCAGCUGCCCAUAAAGACGGAGCAACCUAGUCAAACGGAUUUCUGCAAUGCGCUGCAGGCAACGCCAUUGCUAAUGGCGGCGAGUAGCAGCGGGGGCGGUAUGGCGCCAUCUGCCGUGCAGCAUGAGCAAUACGAGUUGUUGCAGACGCCUCAGCAGCGACAAUUGCAGUUGCAACAGCAGCAACAGCAGCAGCAGCAGCAGCAACAACAGCAGCAACAACAACAUGUGCAAUUAACGGGCUUUCAGCUGCAACAGCAGCAGCAGCAACAACAACAACAACUGCAAAAUAUUGCAACAAUGCACACGCCACGCAUUAAAGGGGAGCUGCUGCCCUAUGAGUUUACAGCCACCAGCUACGCGAUCACAGAAACAUUGGGAACACCAACCAGCCAUGCAGCUAACAAAGGAGCCAUUGCUGCUAGCUCCGCAUCCGUUGCUUCCGCUCCCGCUCCCGCUCCUGUUGCCAACACCGCUUCCACCUCCUUGGCCCGCAAACCCAAUCCCAAUAAGCCGCAAUUCAAGUGCGAGCAGUGUGGCAUGAUCUUUGGCAGCAAAUCUGCUCACACCUCACACACCAAAUCGCACGCCAAGAAUGCCGAUCUGGGGGCCAACAACUCCUCCACCACGGCCAUCGAACUGAACGAGGCGGGUCUGCCGCUGGGCAUACCAAAGAGUCCGCCCAUCAAGCCGCUGGCGAAUGUGGCCGCCGGCGCGGAUCCCUAUCAGUGCAAUGUGUGCCAAAAGACCUUUGCGGUGCCGGCACGUCUGAUCCGCCAUUAUCGCACACACACCGGCGAGCGUCCCUUCGAGUGCGAAUUCUGCCACAAGCUGUUCAGCGUAAAGGAGAACCUGCAGGUGCAUCGACGCAUCCACACCAAGGAGCGACCCUACAAGUGUGACGUGUGCGGUCGGGCCUUUGAGCAUUCGGGCAAGCUGCACCGGCACAUGCGCAUCCAUACGGGCGAGCGUCCGCACAAGUGCUCCGUGUGCCAGAAGACUUUCAUCCAAUCUGGCCAGCUGGUCAUCCACAUGCGCACCCAUACGGGCGAGAAGCCCUACAAGUGCCCUGUCGAGGGCUGCGGCAAGGGCUUCACCUGCUCCAAGCAGCUGAAGGUGCACUCUAGGACGCACACGGGCGAGAAACCGUAUCACUGUGACAUCUGCUUCCGCGACUUCGGCUACAACCACGUCCUCAAGCUGCAUCGGGUGCAGCAUUAUGGGGCCAAGUGCUACAAGUGCACCAUUUGCGAUGAGACGUUCAAGAACAAGAAGGAAAUGGAGGCGCACAUCAAGGGGCAUGCCAACGAGCUGCCCGACGACGAGGUGGAGGCAGCAGCGUCCGUAGCCACUGGAGGCGACUCCGCCUUGCCCACAACUUCUUCGGAAAGCAGCAGCCACAAUUCUCCGCCCAGUUCGCCGCCCAGCGAGCUGGUUACCGCUCCCAUGGCAACGGGUCGGCCCAAAAAGCCGCGCCAACCAAGAGGUGCCAAAGCAGCAGCAGCUACGGCGGCCGCACUGCAGCAUUCAUCUCCUGGUUCGCCCAGCUCCACCUACUCACCAUCCAGCUCCAGUUUGGCUUCCCGCGCCUCCCUUGGCUCGCCCGGCUGUGGAUCGACGCUCUCGUCGCCGCCGCCACCCUCAGCCGCCGUCUUGCAAUAUGUGGUUCAAGCCGAUGCGCACAGUCGCGACAGCGGCGUAUCCAGCGGCCAGCCACCAGCCAUCGUCUACGCAGACGAGGAUAUGCCCACGGAUCUGAGCAUGCAGCAGCAACAGCAACAGCAGCAGCUUUAUCCGAUCGCACCGUACUAUCCGGCUUCUGUUCCCUACAGAACCUAUGCCAUACCCCCACAACAGAAGCCAGAACAGCCACCCCUGGCAGCUCCCUUGACCAUCAAUCCUGUUCUGCUCGAGGCUGCAAAUUUGGCGCGUCGGGAUCAUGACGAGCAUCAAACGAACAACGAGGAUGAGGAUGUGCAGGUGGCUGCUUGGCAGAUGAUGCAGCUGCGUCGUGGACAUGCUGCCACGCCCCCACCCACAGCUUCCACGCCCACAAUUCCAAAGGAGGAGGUGACAACAACAACAACAACGACAGCAACUACCCAGCCCGCCCUGGAACCGCCCACACUACAUGUCAGCGAUGAGGCGGCCAACUAUGAUGAUCAGCACGAGGCCACGGAGCUCAUCAAGCAUUUCAAACGCGGCGAAUUGGCACGCCAUGGUCUCCACAAGGGCUACGCACCGGUCCCCAAAUAUGAAUCUUCCCUGGUCAACCACGAUAUUGUGCGUCGUGUUGAGGCGGCCAUUGGUCUCCGGUCCAGCACCGAAUCCCCCGAGCGUUCGUCCUCGCCCGAGAGCGACUCCCUGAUGAUGGCCGAUCGCAAUGUCAUGACCUUGCCGUUGCGAAAACGAAAGCAUUAUAUGAACGAGGGCGACACGAGCAGGAAUGGGACGACGGGUGUGGAGACGGGCAGCGGUGGUGCCGGACCGGGCGGCGUCACAACAAAUGCAACAACAACAACGAUUGCGGGCCCAGAUGCCGCUGGAGGGCCGGCGAACAACAACAACAGCAACAACUCCAAACACAUGCGCAUGAGCUCUGUCAUCCAGUUUGCGAAGGCGUUGUAGAUGGGCGCGGGCUCAGGCUCAGGCUCGGGCUCUAAGCACCAAGACUGUUCCAAAAUUCUAACUGAAAUUAGUUUUUACUUUUUACAAAUCGCGGGCAAUUUGAGGUUAGGGCUGAAGCAAAAACAAAACAAGAAUGUUUUUUUAAAUGCCAAAAGUAUUAUAUAGAAGAAAAAAAACGGAGUAGUUGAUGAGAUUUGUUUUAUAACAAAGCAAUUAUCAUCAUAAUUAUUAUUAUUAUUAUGAUUAUUAAUAUUAUUAAUAUUAUUAUUAUUGUGUACGAUUAUGUUAUGUUUACGUUUACCAAUUAAUUGCUGUUUUUUUAAAGUGUUUGGCAAUUGUUUAUAUAGUUUGCUGUGCGCGCGUUUUUGUUUUUUGUUUUAGUCAAAUUUUUACAACAAACAUUAUUUAGAAAUCAAGCUACUUAUGCAAAAGCAGAGCAUAAACGCGAAAAACAAAAACCACAACAAUAACAAUAAUAAGUAACAUAAAUACAAAACUUACAUAUACAAUUAUAUAUACAUAUAGAUAUAUAUUUAUGCAACAAUUCGCGAGCCAUAUUGGCGAACAUAAUUCAUAAAUACAUACACAUAUGUUAACAUUUAAAAAUAAUUAAUAAUAUAAAUAAGCGCGAAACUAAAGCAUAAAACAUAAACAAUGUAAGCAACAUAAACAAUUUGAUAUGCAUUUUAUAUUUUAUACAACAACAACAACAACCACAAGAUCAGCAUCAGCAUUGGAAAAUUGUAAGCAAAUAAGUCAUAAAUCAUGCCACAACAAAAAAAACUACAAAAACAGAAAACAAAUAAUUAACAACGCUAAUCAACAUGAAGCCUAAAAACAUAAAACAUCAGGAAAUCAACAUACACAUACAUACAUAUAUUAGAUAUAUCUACGGAGAAUAUUGAACUGAUAAGCAAAACGCAAGCAAGCAUUAUUAAGUCUACACAUACACACAAACACACACACAUAUAACAUACAUUUAAUAAUUAAAUAAGCAGAACGUUUUUUGUAAAACCUAAGUAAACAACAAUAAGCACAUAGUUGUAAAUUGUAGCAUGAAAUAUUAAAACCGAAGCAGCAAGUGAAAUAAUAAAUAA